AUGUCUGACGUUGCGAAAGAAGAACGAAAGAAGAGAAGUACUCUUGUUCUGAGGCCCUCUUCUCGAACAAUAAAUAUUUCAGUAUCAGGCAUACAUGGAGUCCGCCAAAGUACAAGAGACACAAACAGCAUCAUCGGUUGCCCAAGCAGAAGAAGUUUCAGCCUGGGUGGUGGGAGCAAAGUUCUGGAGAAGAGCGCCUUCCAAACUCCCAGACAAGUUGUUCGGGUGUUUGAUGAAGAAGAAAAUGACGUCACUCCUCAGCCACUGUACCAGGCAGAUCCAGCAGCGGCACAGGCCAAAGCCAGCAGGAUGUUUCUGGAUGAGAUCUCUGCUGGAUCAGCAUCAGAUCAGGCAGCAGCCACCGGGAGCUUCACCAUGCCUUUCUCCAGGUCAACAUUAGGAAGCAGCAGAAUAUCCAGCCAGUCUACCAUAGAGUCCAUGAAUGAGGAGAUUGAGGAUACAUUUUCCAAACGGGACCUGCCCAUCAACUUCCCAGACGUGCCGGGGAAAAGAGACACAGUGAAGGAACAUGUGACAGAGGAAAUGUUGAGAGAGGUCACUGAUGUCUACAUCUCUGAGACAGACAGCGUUUCACUGCUGGACAUACAGAGCACCUUAAUGUCAGUAAAUGCUGAUGAUGCAGAAGCUAUCAUGGGUUUUCACAGGGAGAGAAACAAUCAGUAUGCUGAGCUGUGCAGAAACAGAAUGGGCAACGAUAAGUAUGUGGAUCGAUCGUUGCAGACGUUGAAUGGAGCAGCUAAAAGCAAGCAGGUCCAGAGCGACAGCGUAGUGAUGGUGGACUCAGCUACGACUGUUACCACCUGGGACAUGUAUGACACUCUGAUCAGCCCCGAGCAGUGUGAGGAGGUGUGCAGCCAGGAAGUAGGGAGGGCUGACUAUCCCGAGGCUGGAGAGGACACCAGCAGAGGAGCAGAGGGGAGUGUGUCAGUGGGCAGCAUGGCCAGUACAGCCAGUGCUGCUAGCUCAAUGAAAGAAGUGGAAGCGUUUGGGAGCGGUUUAAUUGUUGAGUCAGACCUGCAGCUGAUCAUGCUGUCAGAGAGAUUCCAACACUGCUUGCUAGUAAUGGAGAGGAGCAUUCUAGGAAACACUUUCCAACCCAAGCUGGCUGCUUACAGACAGCUACCCGUGACCGAAGAACCAGACAGUCUGGUGAAGCAGAGGGAGGAGGAUGCAGAGAGCCCUCGGUCUCCAGCUGUGGAGCGUCUCUGGGCUUUCAGCUGUGAGCUCAGCAGAGGACGCCGCGUCAGCAGCAUGGCAUGGAACAAGAAGAACCCGGUAAGACACUUGUUAGCACUGCUUAUUAGCAAUGUGGAAAAGCUGGAUACAAGU